AUAAGCCAAACCGCCAAUCAUAUUAUGACAAAUCAUCAUGUUAUUUUUUUAUUUUUAAAGUUUUUUAUAUUACCAAAAAUCAUUUAUUUCAAAACAAAAUGUAAAUCAAUAUCAAAUAUAAAAAAACUUACAAAAUCAAUAUCCCUACCGAAGAAGAACGCUCGCCUCUGGUCCUCCAAGGCUUGGACAUCGCGUCUCUCCUCCUUCUCCUCUUACUUCCUCCGAUUCCGCAAUCUUGGGUCGCGUCUCUCCUCCUUCUCCUCUUACUUCCUCCGAUUCCGCAAUCUUGGGUCGCUUUGCAACCACACCAAAGCUCUCUGCCUCUCCGCCGCCGCCGGACACGCUCCGAUGGAGAUGGCCCAGAUCGAGUUAUAUGACAUUACCGCCGUGGAGUUGGUGGAUUCGCUUCCUCUCGUGAGAAGAGCUGAUCCUCAUAACCUUCAUUUUUUCGACGGUGCGUUUGAUUUCGCGUUUACUGCGCAUCUUGAUGAUGCUCUGUUUCCGUGGAGGGUCGUGGAGGGGAUGGAGAGGGCGGUGAGGCGAGGCCGGUUUUGCGUGGUGGCGGUUGAUGAAUGCGGUGGGGAUGAUGUUAGGGAGAUUGCUAGACUGUUCUUGAAGUCUAAGCUCGUUGAUGUUGCUAAUGUAACCUUAGAAGGAUCCAAAAAGACUAGUAUACUACUCAAAGUUCAAGACUUUAAGACAUGA